UUUCCAAAAUUCUGUGGAUAUUGUCUCCUUCGGCUCUGCCCCUCCAUACAUUCUGCAUUCAGUUGAUACAGAAACUCUUUUUUUUCCUUUUUUCUUUGUCAUAAGACUAAGAAUACAGUUCAGUGAUUUUAACUGAAUAUCGAAAAAUUUUAUGUGACUGAUAAUUAAUAAGAGCAACUUAUUGGAUUAAUUAACUGCUGCACUCAAGAGAAAACUUAAGUGCAGAUGGCAUUAGCGCCUGUUGGAGUAUCAAGGAUAUCUUUGUUUAAAGCUGCCUCUUUAGACAUUAAUGGAAGCAACUGGGUUUCAAGUGGUUGCUCGAUAGCUCCUCCAUCAGCUGAUGCUACCAGGCUUGUGGUUCUCAAAUCAGCUACUCAACGUAAACACAUUGCUUGUUCAGCCGUUCAAGAAUCAUCCACUCCUACUGUUUCUGCUGAGGCAAAGGAAGAAAAGGCAGAAGCGAAACCAGCAGCUGCCAAGCCAAAAGCUGCAGCAAAAGCUCCUGCUAAGAAAUUGCCUGAAUUGAUGGAGGAAGAUGUUAUUCCUGAUCUCAGAUCAGCACUUGAAGCUCAAGAUGAUAUAACAGAUCUCGAACUAGCCUAUAAGGACACUACAUUAGAAGGUUCAUUUCAGCAAAAUGGCAUAGCCUACUCAUUCUGGGCCUUUUUUCCUGAUGGAGCACUAACAGGUCCAAAGGGAUUUGCACUUUCCUCGUAUGGCUCGGAAGUGAGCACUGUGGAACCAUUUCUUAUCGACGAGAAGAAGAUCACCUCAAAACAUGUAGUGUUCUGGGUUUUGAAGCGACUGGCUGCACAAGGCAUCAUUCCAGUGUGGGAACUAUAAGUUGCUUAUCAAUGAAUGUUGUUCAAUCUAUAAAAUCCAAAUUUAUAAUUUAUCUUGUAUAAGAUCCUUUGUUAAUAAUAUACCAAGUGCAAAAAAUUAUUGUUC